AUGUGUCCUGACAGCAGGUUCGACUCUCUUCUUCCGGUUCUUCUGAAAAACGGUGCCGACGUCAACCUUAAGAACUCAGAGGGAAACACGGCACUGCACCUGGCUGCUAAACACCAAACAAUGGUAACUCUCGGCAAGUCUCUAAAUGUUGUAGACAGCGAAACAAGUCCUCAAUGUCAGAACCUAAAGAUGCAAAUUAUUGACAACUAUCGGAGAAAACGUGCUGAAUCAAAAUGUCAUGCAUUAACAACGCUUAUUGACACUUGUAAUUACAUAGAUGAAUGUGAUCAUCAAGGAAACACUGCCGCGUUGUUUGCUGCAAAGAACGACAACUGGGAGUUUUUGAUCCUUUUGCUGAAACACGGCGCUCGUGUUGAUGCCCUUGACCAGUCCCAGAGAUCCGUGCUGCAUAUUUGUGCCCUGAGGGGAUCAUCCCUGGAUCUUGUCACCUGUGAAACAAUUGUCAAUUUGUGUGUCAACAAAGGGGCUGGGUGGAUGACCGAGACGCAGAAGGACGUACAGCGCUUCAUCUAG